AUGGCACCAGCACGCAAUACAAAUAAUGAAGAUCCUUAUGGAUUAAAUGAAGUUGAUGAUUUUGCUAGAAAGAGUGAGAAAAUUUUAUUUGAAAACUCAACUUUGGCUAAUCGGAGAGAUGAAAGUGACGAUAACCCAGAUGACGAAGAAGAGGAAGUCUUAGCCAUUGAUGAAAGCUCAUCAUCAGAAGAUGAAAGUCAGGAUGAAACUGCUGCUCAGUUAGAUGGUGCAGAUGCCUAUAAGAAAAUUUUUGGCAGAAAAAUGGAUACCUAUAACUCUGCAGAGGAGAACGAAAAUGCAAUGUUGGAUCAAGAGAAUGCUUGGGGUGUUUCUAAAAGCGAAUAUUAUGGUGCUGAUGAUUUAGAUGACGAUGAAACAGCUAAGGAAAUUGAGAAAGAAGCUCUUCGUCAACAAAAGAAACACCUUGAAGAACUUAACAUGGGUGACUAUUUAGAUGAUGAAAUUGAAGAGGAGUGGGUAAAAGAUGCCAAAGAAUUCGAUGUAGGUGAAUUUAAAGAAUCAACAAAGCAAGAAGGCAAUUCUGUAUCUAUUAAUGAUAUUUUGAACAUGGACUUAGCAGGUAAAAAAAACUAUUUACAAUCAAUGAUUCCUGAAUUUUUCCCCUUAAGUCAGGAACUAACUCAACUAACGUCCACUUUAAAGGAAUUAAAAUCACAAGAGCAAACGGAAUUUAUUAAAUUAAAAGUUUUGGCCCUAUCAGGGUACUUAGGUACAAUUUCUUCUUAUUUUGGCUUAUUACUAAGUGAGUUAAACAAUAAUGAAGACUUUACAAGUAUGAAGGAACAUCCUGUGAUGGAGUCUAUCCUAACAUCUAAAGAAAUAUGGAGACAAGCUAAUGAAUUGCCUGAUAGUUUUGAAAAUACAAAAUCUUCUAAUGUUGACGAAGAGCAAGUAUCUGAAGAUGAGGAAGUUGAUAAUAAUCUUGAAACUUUGGACGAAAAUAUAUUGCAAACUGUUGAUGAUGUCGCAAACCCUGAUGGCAUGGUUCACGUGCAUACUAAUAAUCAAUCAGAUAUAGAUGAAGAGGAAGAAAGUGAAGUAGAUUUAGAUGAUUUUGAAGAAUAUGUUGCUCAACCACGUAUAGCGAACGAGCUACCAUUUGAAAAAUCAGCAUUAGAAAAUGAUGACUAUGUUGAAAGUGAAAUGCUAGAUAUUGAUGCCCAAGAAAAGAUGGCAAGGAAGAAAACAUUACGCUUCUAUACAGCUAAGAUUGAUCAACAAGACAAAAAGAAAAAAGUUAAAUUUAACGGUGAUGAUGAUAUACCCUACAAAGAACGACUAUACAAGAGACAACAGCAAUUAAUUGAAGAAGCUCGCAAGCGUGGUUUAUCUGAUUCAAAUGGUGCUGACUUGGACGAUAAUGAUUAUAAGUCUGAAGAUGAAGCUGCUUCCAAGGUAGUAAACACUGCAGGUGAAAAUGAUUAUUAUAACGAAAUUAAAGCUUCUCUAAACCAAAAGAAAGAAGCCCGUAUUCAGGCUCAUAAAAAGGCUCAACUUGCAGCCAGAGAUGGUAAAUUAGCUGAACUAGCAGAAGAGGUUGGUGUUGAAGGUAAGCGUGCUAUUAACUAUCAAAUUUUGAAGAACAAGGGUUUAACACCAAACAGAAAGAAAGAAAACAGAAACUCACGUGUAAAGAAGAGAAAGAGAUACGAAAAGGCACAAAAGAAAUUAAAAUCGGUACGUGCUGUUUAUUCUGGUGGCCAGUCAGGUGCAUAUGAGGGUGAAAAGACCGGUAUCAAGAAGAAUCUGUCAAGAUCUGUUCGGUUUAAAAAUUAG